AUGUCAGACGUAAUCAAUAAUAGUUUAAAUACAAGUACAACAAAAUCAAAUCUAAAUUCAAAACCUAUUCUUCAAUUAAUUACAUGUCCAAUAUGUCUUGAAAUUUUUCAUGAACCAUUACAAUUACCUUGUCAACAUACAUUUUGUAAAUCAUGCCUUGUACGAAUUACAGAAGAUCGUUGGGGUCGAUGUCCUAUUUGUCGUGGAUGUUAUCGCGUACCUAUGGCUGGUAUUGGUUCAUUUGAAGUCAAUCGAACAAUUGUUAAUUUACUUGAAAGUCUUUCACAUACGGAAUUACGACCUAUGCUUCAAGCUAAAUGUGCUCUUUGUAAAUUGGAUGAUACAAUAACUGUAUGUGAACAUUGUCGUGAAGCCAUAUGUUAUAAAUGUCGUCGAAAUCAUUAUGAUGAAUUUAGUAAAUAUAUUUGUUUAAAAUUAAAUGAAACUCAACAAGAAACAGAAAAAUUAAUUGCGAAAGAAGCUGAAAAUAUAAAAAUUCAUGAAGAAAAUGUUCGUCAUUCAAAUGAAAUAAUUCAUACAAUAAAAGAAAAAGUGACUGAACUUAUUGAUAGAAUAAAACAAGAAGAAAAUAAAUUACUUGAUAUUGUUAAUGAAUUUCAUAGUAAUGAACAAAGUUUAAUUAAAGAAAAAAAUAUUCGUCUUCAAAAUCUUGCAAGCAUUAAAACAUUUUGUUCAAUAUCUCAAGAAAAAUUACGCAGUAAAGAAGAAACAGAUGAAGAAUCAAUGGAUAUUCGAAAAAAAUGUGAAGAUUGUGUUGUUAAUUUAAAUGAUCUACAAAAUCAAAUACUGAUUGUUAAAACACCACAUCAUCGAAUUUCAUUCUAUAAUCAAGAUAUAUCAUUUGAUGCUAUUUCAUUGGGUUUUGUUGAGAUCGGAAUUGAGCUUGAACGUAUUGAAAGUACGAUUCAAUUGUCCACAAUUAAAAAACUUAUUCAUUAUGAUAAUCCAAUAUCGGCAGAGCAAAAGAAUGAUUCAAGUUCGUUAAUAUCUGAUAAAAAUUUAUGUUGUUCAUCAUCAUCAUCAUCACAAAAUCAUAAACGAAUUCCACGUACUAUUGGUAAACGAGGUACACGUAAUACAGAAUUUAUUCAUCCAUCAUCAUUAGCUUUUUCAAUACAAGAACAAUUAAUAUAUGUAUGUGAUACAUAUAAUAAUCGUCUUGUAACAUAUGGAAUUGAUGGUAUUUUUCAACAUGUUUAUAAAUCAAUUAGUGAAAUAGGAGAAAAACGUUUUCAUAAUCCAUAUGCGAUUCAUAUAGAUUUAAAACAUCGACUUUAUUUAAUUGAUCAAUCUGAACGUCGUAUAAAAGUAUUUAAUCGUGAUUUUAAAUUAAUUCGUCUUAUUGGACAAUAUGGUCGUGAGAUUAGUCAAUAUUCUGCUCCAUGUGAUUUAUGUACCAAUAAAGAUAAUCAUAUAUUUGUAUGUGAUGCUGGUAGUCAUAGAAUAUUAAAAUAUAAUGAGCAAGGACAAUUUCUUCUUGCUUGGGGUGGACUUGGUAUUAAUAAUGGUGAAUUUAAAUGUCCAGCUUGUAUUUGUAUAUUAAAUAAUGAUCGUUUAGCUGUAUCCGACUGGGGUAAUGAUAGGAUACAGAUAUUUAAUAAUCAAGGUGAACAUUUAUUAUCAAUUGGACAACGUGGUAAACUUUUAGGUGAAUUUUCACGUCCAUUAGGUUUAGCAUAUGAUGAUAUAACUGAAAGAUUAUUUGUUUGUGAUGAAGGAAAUAAUCGUGUUAUGAUUUUUAAUCAUGAUUUUAGUAUUAUUGAACUUGUUCAAUCAAAAAUUGGUUUUCAAGGACCUUAUGAUAUAUUAUUAUUGAAAAAUAAUCAUAUGAUUAUAUCAGAACAUCGAGCACAUCGUUUACAAAUUAUUUAA